AUGUUAUUGCUAGGAGCGGCCUGGGGUGAUCGUAGCGAUAUCGAUCGGACGAAGAGCUAUGCCAUGGAGCUUUGUGUACCGCCUAAGUACAAGAAGGAGGCAACUGGCCUUUUCUGUUCAAAAGGGUUCUUCGCAAGCCUGCCUGCAAUGCCAGGCAGUCUAGAUGCUAUUCGUGAGAUGGGAGCCUUGCCAGGCGUCUCCCUCCUUUUAUGCACUUCACCCGUCCUUGCAUCCAGUUUUUGUCAUCAAGAGAAGGCUCAAUGGGUAAAGGAGAGGCUUGGGGACGAAUGGCUCACAAGGCUUAUCAUAACAUCAGACAAAACAAAGAUUCGAGGUGAUCUUCUAAUAGAUGAUAAGCCUUACAUCACGGGAUCGGAGUACCCAGCAUGGGAACAUGUCUUAUUUACAGCACCCUACAACUCGGAACUACCAGUGGAUGGAAGAUACCGCUUGGACAACUGGGAGGAGUGGAGACGUGUAUUAUCACGAGCGUUAGAGCGUGUCGGAUACAGGAAGGUGGCUGAAGAUGUGGCGGCCAAGCUCCCUCUGGGCAUGUCUAGGAGCCGCGCGGGGCUGAGUAGUUUAUUAGCUGGAGAAUGGUCUUCUGCCUCAUUGGUAUCGAUGGCUACAACGCCUUCUGAGCGUCGCCCACCACCAACGAAAGAGGAUGUAGCUAACUUGCCCGACUUCUCAGAAGAACUUAAGGCUCUAGGAAUGUAUAGAGAUGACUAUAUGAAUUGGCGUAAGGGUGGUCAUAAAGGAGCGAAGGGAGAAGUACAUGACGUUCUCGCUAAUGUGUCGCGCAUGCUCCUGGAGAGAGCUGUUCUGGACCAGGCUGACGAUCCCACUGAGAUCCACGUUACUCGCCUGAACUAUCGUACAGGAUACCAUAACUGGAGGCGAGGGAAGCCCCAGGGGGCUCGUCAUCAUGAUGCUCCAGCAGUAGCUGCCAAUUGAGGACCCGCAUACUGCAUUCAUGUCUUAUGUUUACAUGCCACAAGCUGAUGAUUCCGAUUAGGAUGUGUCAUCUUCGAUGACUGGUUCUAUCACCUCUUUUUUCACCAUCUAUUGUCAUUAGGUUUCAUCU